AUGUAUGUUGUGGUGGUAAAAUCCAUAGCAAGAAUAGCGGAUCUAAUUGUUGUUCCAACCAAGUAUAUAACGCUGCGAUAUCAGUGUGUUGCUAUGGUCGGAUACUCUAUAAAUGGCGUGGAACUUCCUGCUGUAGAUCACGCAACUAUAACAGCAAGAGUCAGCUAUGCUGCAACGGUAGAAUUAUUUCCAAGGUGCACGGUACUUCAUGCUGUGGCUCAAAGGCUUAUCGUCCAAACGUCAAUGUUUGUUGUUAUAACAAGAUUUUUUCUGGUGGAAAUGGAGUUGGAUGUUGCGGAAGUUACAGUUACCAAACAAGCAAACAGGUUUGUUGUUCUGGCCGAGUUCUAUCGAAGAGCAGUGGUACAUCAUGUUGUGGUUCCGUGA